AUGGCGACGGAAGCGGAGGCGGCGGCGAGAGGUGAGGUUGCGGGCGGGGGGCUCCGGCUGCUGGAGCGGCGGGUGCGCGAGGCCAGGUGGGCGCACUUUGCCGGGGGCUCUCCUCCGACCCUGCAUCACCUCGGCGGGCUCGGGGGCCGAGGUCGUCCCUUGCGGCACAGGUGCGGCUCGGCGCCCCGAGCAUCCUCGCCCGGAGCGGGGGGUAAAGUAUUGAUGGAAGGGAACCAGUGCAUUGCUUCUGUGGUUUCCAGUCAUCUAAGCCCCUGGACUAAACCAAUAUCCUUCAGCCCACAUGUGACAGAGUUGCCAAGAAAACAAAGACGGAGUGAUUCAGACCCAUCGCAAGAAGCUCACAGCCAAACUGAAAAGCGGAGGAGAGAUAAAAUGAACAACCUGAUUGGAAAACUGUCUACGAUGAUCCCUCAGUGCAGUCCCAUGGCCCGGAAACUGGAUAAACUGACAGUUUUAAGAAUGGCUGUUCAACACUUGAGAUCUUUAAAAGGUAUGACAAGUUCUUACGCAGGAAAUAAUGACAGACCUUCAUUCAUUCACGAUAAUGAGCUCAGACACUUAAUUCUUAAGACUGCAGAAGGCUUCCUAUUUGUGGUUGGAUGUGAAAGAGGAAAAAUUCUCUUCGUUUCUAAAUCGGUCUCCAAAAUACUUAAUUAUGAUCAGGCUAGUUUGAUUGGACAAAGCUUAUUUGACUUCUUACAUCCAAAAGAUGUUUCCAAAGUAAAGGAACAACUUUCUUCCUCUGAUAUUUCACCCAGAGAGAAGCUAAUAGACGCCAAAGCUGCUUUGCAAGUUCACAGUAAUUUCCACACAAGUAAGAAUCGUGUGUAUUCUGGCUCAAGACGAUCUUUUUUCUGUCGAAUCAAGAGUUGCAAAAUCUCUGUCAAAGAAGAGCAUGAAUACUUACCCAACUCAAAGAAGAAAGAUCACAGAAAAUUCUGUACUAUCCACUGCACUGGUUACUUGAGAAGCUGGCCUCCAAAUAUUGCUGGAAUGGAAGAAGAAAGGGACAAUAAGAAAGACAGGAGUAAUUUCACCUGCCUUGUUGCUGUUGGAAGACUACGUCCACAUAUUGUCCCACAGAACAGCGGCGAGAUUAAAGUGAAACCAGCUGAGUUUAUUACCCGUUUUGCAGUUAAUGGAAAAUUUGUCUAUGUUGAUCAAAGGGCAACAGCAAUUUUAGGAUAUCUGCCUCAGGAACUCUUGGGAACUUCUUGUUAUGAAUAUUUUCAUCAGGAUGACCAUAGUAGUUUGACUGACAAGCACAAAGCAGUUCUACAGAGUAAAGAGAAAAUAUUUACAGAUUCGUACAAAUUCAGAGCGAAAGAUGGGUCUUUUGUAACUUUAAAAAGCCAGUGGUUUAGUUUCACAAAUCCUUGGACCAAAGAACUGGAAUAUAUUGUGUCUGUCAACACUUUAGUUUUGGGACAUAAUGAUGCUGGAGAAACAUCAUUGCUUCCUUGCAGCUCUCAGUCAUCAGAAGGAUCCUCUAGACAGUCUUUUAUUAGUGUGCCUGGAACGUCUACAGAAAUAUUAAUUGGUGCUGGUAGUAUUGGAACAGCUGUUGCAAGUGAACUUCUGGACUUCCAAAGGUUACAGUCAUCUUCAUCCCUUGAUUCAAGUCCAAUAGAUUUAUUGAAAGAUACACAUACUCUAAACUGCAGGAAUAUGUCAAAUAAGGAGUUGAUUACCCUAAGUCCAUCUGAAAUAGGGGAACGAGAGGCUACAAAGCAAAACCAAAGUGUUGUUCCUCCCCUCAGUCAUGAACCACUCCUCGGAGAGGGAGUCCAGCUGGACUUUGAAGCCCUCUGUGACAAUGAUGACACAGCCAUGGCUGCCUUCAUGAAUUACUUAGAAGCAGAGAGGGGCCUGGGAGACCCUGGGGACUUCAGUGACUUCCACUGGACACUCUAGCAUUUGAUUUUUAACUCUAAACAUGAGAAAAGUCUUGAAGCAUUUCACUUACAAAAGACUAUAUAGUCUUUGUAUCCUUUGUAUACUGUUUUUAAUCUUUUAUUCCUAUUAAUGGUCUGCCAGUUUUUAUAGAUUUGCUCCUGACUUUAAUAGGGGUUUGGGGAAAUGUGAUGUUUCCCUUCAGAGUCGCAGAAUUUUCUAUAGACUGCUUUAGUCAGUGACAUGCCUUCAAACCCACUAGUUGCUAUAUUUUUGUUAAAGUCUUUUUAACCAAGAAUACCACAUGUAUCUUGUUUUGGUUUUAUUUUUAUUUUAUGGUGCAGUUGUUUUUAGUUUGGGGAGUUUAAUGUGUGGACAUUUUCCUUGUGUCUGAGAUUCAUUUAUAAUUGACUUAGAAGAUUUGUGUAAUUUGGAACAUUUCCAUUCCUAAUAUAUUUCCUUCACUGAGGACAGGACUUAUCCACUUAAAAAAAAUAGUGAGUACUUGAACAUUUAAAGGGAUAGUGCAAUUUGUAAUUGUGAUCACAAUGAAUACUGUAUUCAGUCUUUGUGGGCUUGGGCAAGUACAGAACCACAAUAGUUAUGCUCAGUUGAGCACUUUGAGAUAGAUUUUAAGUGAGAUGAUUUCUUAUUUAAAACUCAAAAAAAAGGAAAAGCUGAGAAAGUUUCGACUUUGCUUACAGAAAAGGAAAGAUCUUGGGCCCUCGAGCUGGGUGAUUAGCCUUUGCCUUAAUACUCAAGAGUAUUAAGAUUUACUCUUAAUAGAACCACUCAAGAUUUUUAUUACAGAUAGGAUAGAUUUAUGAUGCUGAAAAGGUAUUUAGCAACAGAUUAGUCUUAGUGGAAGAAGUGGGUCCAGGCUAAUUCAAUGUCUUGAAUGGUAAUGUCACAAUUAAGUUUCUAUGUCUUUUAAUGUUUAAUGUGUAUAAACCAGUUUCUUUAUACACAUUUGGGAAAACAAUAGUCUCAGUAGUGAAAUGAUUAGUUAAGUGACCUAGGAACUAGUU